UAUGUCUCCACCGACGUCCAUGCUGCAAUUCAUUUCCUGACCUUACUGCUAUCCUCUCCCUCAUAUCACCACCUGCUCGUCGUCAGAGCUUCCCAGCAUUCGAUAUGGCCACUGGUGGGUACUCUCUGUGCCCCCCAGCAACCAGCAUCACUGACGCUGCGGACAAUCCGCAUUUUCCUCCAUUUCUAGAACAGAAUAUCCCUCAGUCCCUAUCUGACUCAUCCGUCUCCUCGUUCUCCAGCUCACGAGCCUCCUCAUCUUCGCCGGUACCGACGACUAUGUCUGACGCCAAUCCGACGGACUCUUUCGCUGGCAAUUCCAACGGAGACAAUACGAUUGAAUCAACCCCGGACUCCACACACUCUUUUACCGACGAUGACAAUCCUAAUAUGCUGUCAUCACCUGGCGACGUCCAGGGUUUCGAUGGCGACCUGCCCGUCGUUGUCGAGGCCAUCUCUCAAAGUCAAUCUCCCGACAUCGACCCACAAAUACUUGAGGCACUUCGGAGUAAAGACAGAAUAUAUGUCCUGAAGCUUGGGGAGCUCAUGGAGGGGCUCAUUACUGAACGAAGGGUCCGUGUCGAUCUGACGCCCGCCACAUCCUACCAACGGCUUCUUGUCCACCGAUGCUCCGCUUAUUACAAGCUUAUCCCAGAAAAUGAUCCAGUGACCAAAGGUCUUUUCGUUUCAGCCACGCCUGAAAGUCGCAUCCCUGCGCGGAAGCUAGCAGAUCUUGUACCUCCCGAGUUAACGGCUUCUCCUGCUUUUCAAAUCAUGCGGCGGAAUCAGCAAGACCGCCGACAAAAGCCCCAUUCGCAGGCUGGUUCCGUUAAUGGCGAAGACGCCGAUCUGUCUGACGUGGAGCCUUCUGAGGCUGGCAGCCUUGGGGGCCGCAGCAAUGCAACUGGCGGCAGCGGCAAGAAGCGGAUGACUAUUGAGGAACGGGAGGCAGCCUACAAUGAAGCUAGAUCGCGUAUCUUCAUGGACUUUGAGGAGAAGGAGAAGGACGUGAGUGCAAGUUCGUCUUCACUCAGUGUCGUUUCUGGUUCUGCUUCAACGAGCGGCGGCAGUAUUGCAGACUUUGAAGAUUCGGCCAGUUCUCUUGCUACCGAAAGUGAAUGGUCUGCACCAUCUUUUAGUCGGGACAAGAAGCGGUCGGGGAACUCAAACCGCUCCUUGAGAGGUUCAGCGACGCCUUUCAGCUCGAAUGGAGCUGGCAGUUCGCGGAACUCUCGUGCGUCGUCUCCUUCCUCUUUUACGUACGCAAGUCUCUAUGAGCCCGCCGCUCCUGGCCCACCCUACGAUGGCCUUCAACAUCCUGGCCCGGUGUCUAUCCCUGGGUACCAAGCGACACACUACUUCUACCCCUACGUUCCUUCUGGGCAACCUCCAAAUCCGGCUUAUGUGGCUACCCCGUAUUCCUACUUCACCCCCUUCUCGUAUGGACCUGCAGUCCAGCAGAACCCAUCCGAUCCUCCGUCAGGAUCCAGCGGCGAGGUUUAUUCCCCUACACCGCACUUGCCAUAUCAUAAUCAGUAUGUAUGGGCUCAUCCACAUCCUCCGCCUGGACCUGCAGCUCUGCCAGUACCUCGGGGAUCACCACCUGCUGAGGGUCCAGUUAUGGUAAACGGUCCUCAUCAGACCGCUCAAACCCAAAACCCUUCUUCGUUCCAAGGUUACACUCCCCCGGUUUAUAUGUACCCUAUGCCUGGCUACUACACACCCCAGCCGGGACAACAUAUGGCAAUGGCUCCCCCGCCUCCUUCCAUGAUGGGACAGUUGUAUGAUCCUAGAGUGCCUGUAGAAGUCCCAUUUGGUGGCUCCGACAUGAAUCAGCAUGCGAACCACAAUGGCCGAGGCGAAUACAGCAACGCACUUCGUUCUAACCGUAACGAUAACAGCCAUUUCAACGGAGGAGGCAAAGGCAGAAAUCCGCCUCAGCCUCGACAUGCGUGGAGUUAUGGUCCAGGUAUCAGUGGAUACAACGGGAAUGCUUCUGUAGGGUUAAAUGAAAUUGGACCUCGAUUCAAUGCUACUCGAAGGCAAUCCAACCAUAGCAAUGGAAGUUCAGGCAACUACAGAUCAUCAAAUUGGGAUGAGGUUUCGUCUACUGCGUCGUCAUCUACAACGUCUUCGUCGUCGCGGAGAACAUACACAUCAACGUCGUCGCAGCAGCAACAUCCUCUUCCGGCUCGACCUGACUGGGCAGUAGGUCUGAAGCCAGAUCCUACACUUCACGCCACUCACAAUCGCCAUCAUGAUCACUCAUCUAACAACUCCCGCAAUAUGUCCCCAGUUACACCUCCUCGCAACCUGAGCAGUGGUUCUCAUCAGGGCAUUUCUCCCCGACGGCUUCCGAGCAAUCACCAGUCCGUACCGUUACAUUCGAACGACUUCCCUCCUCUCUCGUCGCUGUCGCCAACGGAAAAACGUGCGCCCGUGGUUGCUGGGGCCUGGACCAAUUCAUCUUCGACUCGAUCCCUCCUCAUAAACCCUGGACAAGGCAAUGCUCUAGUUCAUCAUCCUAAUAACAUCAACCCUCCCAUCACUCAGCAGUCCCGGUUGGAAGACUCGGACCGUAUGUUCGAGCGGCCGCCGCCGAGGGCCACGGAACUCUACAAUCCCAAAGUCGUCAAGCGCCCUAUGGCGACUCAUACGAAUGGGAAGCAGGAGAAGGAAAACGACGGUAGACGCGUUCGGGAUCCUAUAUCUGGUUCGAACAUUACUGAGCAGAUUCGGACCAUGUCCUCGGAGGAUUACAACCUCGACGGUUCUGGACAAGCAAGUAAAGAACCCUCAGUGUUGGCCAUGCCGACCUAAAAGUUGUACCUCCUUUCUUUUCGUUGGUCUGAUCCAGCGGUGUUACAGUAGUGUUGAGUGUUUUUGCUA